AUGGCCUUAGCCUCCGGUCUCCGCCUCUCUUCCACUUUCCUCCGUUGCCGCCUCCCCGCACCGCUCAACCCGACCCGCUUCUCCGCCCUCCGCCACUCCCUCUUCGACCUCCGGUUCCUCUCUGCUUCCUCCUCCUCUCGUACUCGUACUCGGACCCGGCUCCGCCCCCGCCCCAUCAAAGCGACGCCCAGCGAAGACGGCGGCCUCCUCGAAGGCGCCGGCGAGGGGCAAAAUGGGAAUGGGAGCGUCCUGGUCAAGGACUCGGACGAGCGAAUCGUUCGUGUUGAGCUCCACAAGGAGGCCACCGAUGCCUACAUGGCCUAUGCUAUGUCCGUGCUGCUCGGCCGUGCCCUGCCGGACAUUCGCGACGGUCUCAAGCCGGUCCACCGCCGUAUUUUGUAUGCAAUGCAUGAAUUGAGGCUUUCGUCGCGAAAACCGUUUGUGAAAUGUGCUAGAGUUGUGGGGGAGGUUCUAGGAAAAUUCCAUCCUCAUGGUGACACUGCUGUGUAUGAUUCCUUGGUGCGAAUGGCUCAGGAUUUCUCCUUACGAUCACCACUGAUUAACGGGCAUGGGAAUUUUGGUUCAAUUGAUGCUGAUCCUGCAGCUGCCAUGCGUUACACAGAGUGCAGAUUGGAGGCGCUGACUGAAGCAAUGUUGCUGUCAGAUUUAGAACAGGAUACGGUUGACUUUGUACCAAACUUUGAUAAUUCACAAAAAGAGCCAUCACUUUUACCUGCUCGGGUUCCAAAUUUAUUAUUAAAUGGUUCUUCUGGGAUUGCGGUUGGCAUGGCAACAAAUAUCCCUCCGCAUAAUCUUGGGGAGUUGGUGGAUGUUCUUAGUGUGUUGAUUCAUAAUCCAGAAGCUACACUGCAAGAAUUGCUAGAAUACAUGCCAGGACCUGAUUUUCCAACUGGAGGACUGAUUAUGGGAAACCUUGGUAUCUUAGAGGCAUAUCGAACUGGGAGAGGACGUAUAGUGGUCAGAGGAAAAACUGAUAUAGAAUCUCUUGAUUCUAAAGGCAAGCGAAGUGCGAUCAUCAUAAAGGAGAUCCCUUACCAAACUAACAAAGCAGCUCUGGUGGAGAAGAUAGCGCAACUUGUAGAGAAUAAGAUUUUAGAUGGCAUUAGUGAUAUUAGGGAUGAGAGUGACCGCACUGGAAUGCGUGUAGUCAUUGAGCUUAAGCGAGGGUCUGACCCAUCUAUUGUUCUCAAUAAUCUAUAUCGCCUCACAUCACUCCAGUCCAGCUUUAGCUGUAACAUGGUUGGUAUCCUCAAUGGUCAACCUAAACUGAUGGGUCUAAAGGAAUUGCUGCAGGCUUUCCUAGAUUUCAGAUGCUCUGUUAUUGAGAGACGUGCUAAAUUCAAACUUUCACAAGCACAGGACAGAAGACAUAUUGUUGAGGGUAUAGCUGUAGGCCUUGAUAAUCUGCAAAGAGUUAUGCGUAUAAGUUUGGAAGCUUCUAAUAAUACAAUUGCAUCAUCUCUUCUAAGGAAUGAGUUCAACCUUUCUGAGAAACAAGCUGAAGCAAUAUUAGACUUCAACUUUAGAAGGCUUAAUGUUCUGGAGAGGAAAAAGUUUGAUAAUGAAAGUGAAUCAUUGAAAGAGCAGAUUUCAAAACUAGAAGAACUGUUGUCAAGCAAGAAACGUAUAUUGCAGGUGGUUGAACAAGAAGCGAUUGACAUAAAAAACAAGUUUGCUAAUCCCAGGCGUUCAAUGCUGGAAGACUCUGAUGGUGGUCAACUUGAUGAUAUUGAUGUUAUUCCGAAUGACGAAAUGCUUUUGGCCUUCAGUGAAAAAGGGUAUGUCAAGCGGAUGAAGCCUAACACAUUUAAUCUGCAAAAUCGAGGAACCAUUGGUAAAUCUGUUGGUAAAUUGAGGGUAAACGAUGCAAUGUCAGACUUUAUUGUUUGUCAUGCACAUGAUCAUGUUUUGUUCUUCAGUGAUAAAGGAACGGUCUACUCAGCUCGUGCGUAUAAAAUUCCUGAGUGCAGCCGAACAGCAGCUGGUACGCCACUGGUUCAGAUCUUAUCUCUGUCAGAUGGCGAGAGAAUUACUUCUGUUAUUCCUGUGAGUGAGUUUGCUGGAGAUCAGUUUUUACUAAUGCUUACAGUGAACGGCUACAUAAAGAAGGUGUCUUUGAGCUCUUUUUCAUCGAUCAGGUCAACCGGAAUCAUAGCAAUUCAAUUGGUCCCUGGUGAUGAGCUGAAAUGGGUCCGUUGCUGCACAAAUGAUGAUCUUGUAGCAAUGGCAUCCCUGAACGGAAUGGUUAUCUUAUGUUCCUCUGAUAUUAUUCGAGCUUUAGGCAGGAACACUCGGGGUUCUGUAGCCAUGCGACUUAAAGAAGGUGAUAAGAUGGCAAGCGUGGACAUUAUACCAGCAGCUAUGUGGAAAGACUUAAAAAGGGUGUCAGAAGCACCAGAGAGCACGGCUAGAAGUUUGGAUGGCCCGUGGUUGUUGUUUGUGUCUGAGAGUGGAUAUGGAAAGCGUGUUCCCUUGAGCAGAUUUCACUCUUCCCGUCUGAACAGAGUGGGUCUGAUAGGUUACAAGUUUUCCUCAGAGGACCGAUUGGCAGCAGUUUUUGUGGUUGGAUUCUCUCUGGCAGAGGAUGGUGAAAGUGAUGAACAAGUGGUCCUAGUAAGCCAGAGUGGUACAGUAAAUAGAAUUAAGGUGCGAGAUAUCUCAAUACAGUCUCGCUAUGCAAGGGGUGUUAUUUUGAUGCGGCUUGAUCUUGCUGGAAAGAUUCAGUCUGCUUCAUUAAUGUCAGCAACAGAUGAGGAGCCAGAGAAUGAAGUCGAUGCUGAAGCUGUGAUUCAUGGUUGAGUAUGUAGAUCCAACUAGACUAACUUGUUUUAUAAAAGGAACACUACAUUAUGAUCUACAUUUGUGUCAUAUCAAAGAAGGCUUAGUUUUGGUGCAUCAUCCAGCACAUCUUCUAGAUGAGCCUAAAGUGGAGUCUUUUUGCGGCUUAGGUACAACAUAGUCUACAGUGGAAGAAAUUUUGGUCGCAUUAUUUCACAACCACCUCACCAUCUUUGGCGACAUGAGAUUUCACACAGUUUUGCUUCGUAGGCUGUAUAGUAAUGCAAAUAUGUAUAGAUAAUGCUAUAAAUUUGAGAUGACUUUAAUGACAAUGGUUCUUUUUCUCUCCUGUCAAAACUUGGAUAUGAUGCUCUUUUGCAUAUGGAAGUGUGACUUAUUUCA